AUGAGCGCCCGAAUACCCUCGCGGCGGCUGGCGCAGUCUGCCCUUGCCGCCGGCCGCCCUCGAUCCACCUACUGGGCUACAUCAGCAGCCUUCUCCACCACGCCUCGGCGCUCCCAGGACACCAAGGCGAAAGAAGUCCUCAGCCCAUUCGAGGACUACCUCGCAAAACAAAGGGCGGCGAAACAGAAUGCAAAAAAACCACAGGCGUCCGCCCAGCCCGAAGUGCGGCAGGGAAAGCUCUCUACAAGUCCCACAAACCUCUUCCGCCCAGAGCUCGAUGUGCCCGGAUGGCGUGAGGACAUGACCCCCGAAGAGAAGCAGGCAUUACGGGCGCAUAAGCGGCAGCGAGCAGAAGAGCUUGCCAAAGAGAAGGAGCGCCAACUUACUUCAAUGAAUACCGACCCCGCCCCCGGUCAGCGAAGAAGACUGGAGCGCAGACUCAUCAUCGCCAGCGUGAAGCGUGGUGGUCGCCUGACCAAGGCCCAGAAGAUUGCACGCACCGAGCGCCAGAGCCUGUACAGGUCCCAUUUCCUCCCCACCUCGGUGAAGAAGAUGCAAAAGGUCAUAAACCAAGUUGCCGGCAAGAGCGUCUCCGACGCCCUCGUUCAAUUGCGCUUCUCGCCGAAGAAGGUGGCGCGCGAUAUCAUCAAGGGUCUCGAGUAUGCCCAGAACGAAGCCAUUGCAGAGCGGGGAAUGGGCCUUUCAGGCGGAAAAGCAGCCUUGGAACGGUGGAAACAACAAAGAUCGGACGCGGAUCAAAACACCCCACGCGAUGUCUGGGAUUACAAAACCUCGCCAGAAGACAAGCCAGCAAAGUCUACGGACAAGACUGCGAGAAAGCGCAAGCCGGAGACGAUUGAACUCAAGGACGGCACGAAAAAGGUCGUUCAGCCCUGGGAUAUCUACAUUGAUCAGGCGUGGGUGGGCCGGGGCCAGACUACCAAGUCAGGAGAGCCCAGGGCGAGAGGUGCCAUCAACACAUUGAGGCAUCGCACAACAAGCUUUACCUUUUUGCUCAAGGAAGAGAAGACCCGCAUGCGCAUCUCAGACGAGAUCAAGAAGAAGCGGGAUAACCGCAAGCUCUGGACUGCACUGACUGACCGACCCAUUACUUCGCAACGGCAGUAUUGCUUGUGGUGA